AUGGAUCCCAUCAAUGGGAUUACACAGGGGCUUACCAGAUCUCUUGUGAUUUCAAAUGUGGAGGCUAUCGAAGUUGUUGGUCUUGAUGAUCUCGAUGGCCUAAAAGCAACUCGCUUUCUCUUGGUGGGGCGAUUGCUGACAACUAAAGACUAUUACAAGGAUUCCUUAGUGGGCACGCUGAAGCAUAUUUGGCAUACACGGGAGGACUUCUAUUCUAUUACUUUGGAGGAUUCUAAACGUCUUCUAUUUUCUUUCAAGAGUGAUCUUGAUCAUAAAAGGGUGAUGAGGGGAUCACCAUGGACUUUUGAUAAGGCUUUUAUUGUUGGCAACUAA